AACUAUCGUAACACCAUCCGAGAAUCAGCAAAAAGGAUAUAUCCCACAAUGCAUCAUUUGCCCCUCUAAUAUCAAGAUGGCGUUUGGACAUGAUAGGUGAUAUAAUGUAGUUGGUGCUUUAUUAUGGCCAGUACAACAGUGAGAGCAAGGCGGGUAACUGAGCCUACUGUAGUCCAAAGACAUCCCUUUCAAGUCGAUGAUGAAAAGCCACUUGCAGAUUUGGCUACAGCAUGGGACAAUAUCACAGAAGCAAAGUCAGCUUUAUAUCGAGCUGAAGCCCGCAUAGAACACCUUGAUGAUACUUCAGGAAGCCUCCUAGAGCCAAGGCAUCCUACAGGUGCACGUCUACCUGUAGAUUCUGUACCGUCCAUGGAAAUCAGAUCAAGCCCUACAUGUACUUCAAAGGUUCAGAAGACUAGGAAGCAUCCAUAUGAAAAGCCCAGAAAAAAGGUCACCAUUAAAGAAGACCUACAGCAAAGGAGGGAUUUGGAACUGUUUCCUCCCGAUCUAACAGCAAGCACAAUACACUCCCAGCGAUCAGGCUCCCAACAACCAAGCAACAUAACUGACAGUGCAAUCACAACUCUUAGAGACACUACAGUCAGCAAAAGUAUGAAUCCUCAAAGAGGCACUUCAGCACCAGACCGGCCGAGGGAGACAUCCAGCAGGGACAUCCUCGGAAAUGGUUCUGCAAACCUGUCCAUAGGCAGCAGCUCGGAGAUCAGAGUCUUGAAUGAUAUCCGGACUCCUAGCCUUGUUCGUCAGGCAUCUACGGUUGAAGUGUCACCAGGUUUAAGAGUGAGCAAGGACUACAUCCCUGCCUAUGACAGGCUGUUCGGGGAUAAUCCUGUGAUGAAAUUGAGUCAGGACAAGGCAGCAUCCUCUGUGGCUUAUACCCCAGAGAACAAGUUGCUGCUUCAAAUGAUAUCCUCCAGCACAAAGACUAAGGAUCCAGCAAUGCUUAAUCACAUGGACAGAUUGAGAGAACGUGUGCAACAGCAGCAGUUGGCAGCAGCAAGGUUGAGAGAUAGGGAUCCAGAAGCACAGAGAAAGAGACAUCAUGAAGGGGAUCCAGUCCGCAUAAAUUCUGAAAAUGAAACUGAUUUCUUGUUGGGUCUUCAUCCAAAAGUGCCUGUUCGCAAGGUGGCUUCUGCUCCAGCUGCACCUGCAUAUAGAGGUUUUAAUCAGGCAGAGGCACGCUUCCAAAUAACAGAUGGUAGGAUAGUUACCGAAGAUCAGCUGAAAAGAAAAACGAGCAGGCCAAAUGAGAAAAAUCAAGGACAACUGCCUGUUUCCAAUCAGUCUAGAAAUAGUGCAAAAACUAUAGCAUCAAAGCCUCUACAACCAAUACACAGACAGACAGAAGAUAAUCAAAUGCAUAAGAAGCCCCAGAAGCCUGUUCGUAAAGUCCGUAAAACUCCUCUUCCAACUACGAAGCCAAAGAAACCAGAACCUGCACCUGGUGUCAGUGCAAGGGCAUGGCGGGAGGGGCAGAAAACCGUUAACAAGGUGCUAGGACCUCCACCAAAGGUACCUAAGCAGACUAUCGAUACAGUGCAUACAAAAGACUCUACUUCUGAAAAGGUGCAAAACUCUGAGGCUCCCACAGACAAUGUUGGGAUUCACACAGAUGAUGAAGUUGAUAGAUUAUCAGAGCAUCCUAUUGAGUCUGACAACGAUAGUAACGUUCACCAGCAGCCAGAAGGGCAAGCUCCUAUUGUAGGACACUUACCUGAUGAAGCCCAUGAAGUCUUAAAUGACUUGCAUCUCGAUGACUCAGAUGAUGGGAGAGACUCAUCCCCUCCCCCAGCAGAGUCCAAGUCUAGCAAAAACAACAACAAUGUACCAAGAUUGUCACGGAAAAAGAAGAACAACAGGUCCAAAUCAAAAGACAUGAGCAACAGCUCUGCUCCAGUGCAGAAGUUACGGCACUAUGAAGCUGAAGAGGUGCAAAAGUACAUGGCUAAACAACGUUUGGAGAGACGGAGAAAGCUGCAGGAAGAUAAAAAACAACGGUUGCUACAAGCAGAGAAGAAAAGGGAAAAGUUGCAAGAUUUAUAUAAGAGACAACGUGAGAAUGCCAAGACAGCCAGUCAGAAGGGAGUCGGGAGUUUUGAAAGGAUACCAGUGGAUAAUGGAAUUAGACUCUUUGAUGAAACAUUCAGCAAGGGUCAAGGUUCUAUGCAGCAGCACCAACAGCGCAUUGUGAGACCAGCCACCCUUCAAAGGAAUCACCCAUACCAGGAAAACCAUAGAAAGAUUGACACGACUGGUUCCGACAAGGAGAAUCGUGCCUUCUGGAGCACUUCCAGCAGCGACAGCUCACUUCGCUCCAGCCCCCAGACUGACCUGUCAUCCUCCACCCCUCAAGAACAACAACCUGGGGUACCUGGCUUCCAGGACCACCAGCAGCAUCAGCAGGAUAUUGGGCGGGACAUCGUCUUGGAACCUGUGAAAGAGGAGGAAUCACUGCCUGUGAUAAGAAACCAACUCAAUGAGAAUGCAAAAAGGGGAGAACAACCUGCAGACAAGGCAGCUGCUGUCACUGCUCCUAGGCCCAACCCAGCCCCAAGCCCUGGGAAGCCCCGUAGCAAGGCAGAGCGGAUAGCAGCACUCAAGGCUACUGCUGCAGCGCUACAAGGCAGGCUAGAGGAUGAAGUCAGGCAACUCACUGGGGACCUCUCCAACCUGGCUGCCAAUGCCCUGGCACCAGGCCAGUCCAACCAAGCUUCAAGGUCACCUUCGAGCCGUCCAGUGGAUAGAUGGGCCUAUCCUAUACCAGGGGUUGCUGCACUGCCUAACAGUAGCUUAUCACCACCAGCCAGACCAGGGGUACCACCCGUACCCACCAUCAGUAACCAAUCACAAUCGGCUACCAAGGCAACUGGUGUGAGGUUCAGCGAACCAGAGCCUACCUCUCCAUUGGACAAACUCACCAGGCAUCAGAAAGUAGCUGGAACCAACCAGGAUUUCAAUGUCUUCAAAGGGGAGCUGCCAGGUGUAAGAAGUCUCUUUGAUCAGGCCCAGGAGUCUCAAGAGAAGAAGGCCAAGAGCAGUGCUGCCACCACCAUCCAAGCAGCCUAUAGGGGCCAUCAGGUCAGGCAAAAGCUCCACUGGGAGCUACCCUCCGGGAGCACCUUGAAGGAUCGCAUCCAGGGCAGGAAAGAAGACGUUCCCAUUCCACAGAUACGACUAUCAACAGGGCUGUCCCUUCCAAAUAAUGUGCUCCAGUCUGAUGGAGAGUCGCUCAGCGAGGGACCUUUGUCUGCAGAAUCUAGUGAAGCAGAAGUGGACCAGGAAUAUACUCCAAAGUUCAAAAGCUUACCAACUCGUGCCCGACCUCAGCAUCUCCUUGACAGCAAACAGACCAACAUUAACUUUGGUCCCUCUCCCCAGGGGCCAGAAAGGGAUGGACUAAGUGUGAUCGACAUCUACAUGAAACGGUAUCAGGAGGCUCAAAGAGACCUUAUGACUAGGCAGAGCGGACGACCUGUGAAGCAAGACAAAUCACCCAGCCUACCACAGUCCUACUCAGAAGACUUCACUGGAGGAAGUCAAGCAUCAUCAUCACACAUCCACUCUAUUCCACUGGACAGUCCAGAGUACAGCAAGACAGGACGUAGCCCCAUUCCCAGUUCCUCUUCAGCUGAUAAUAUCUCCCAACUCACCACUCCAAGGUCUAAACCAUCAACCAAGGAUACUGUGACAAGCAGACCUCCAACCGGUAGAUCAAUAUCAUUACCUUCACCAAGGGACACUUCACAUUCCUUUGCAGACAGUUCACACAGUUUGAACGUCUCUGACAAGAAAAGAUCAAGAACACCGAGUCCCCGACCCACGACCUUACGCGACGCUGGAACCCAGACCCCUCCCAGCUCCAGGAGUUCCCCUUCCUCUAUCAAGUCACGCUCGUCCAGCAGUAGAGGAAGCCAUUCUCCACCCAGCGAUGCUCGAUCUCCUGUCAGUGAUCACAAGUCACCGGUUGAUGAGAUCAGGUCGCUCAUUGAGGAUUUGAAGAAAUCUACAUCUAAUGGGGAGUCUGUGCACAGUGAAGGUGUCAGGAGUGGGAUGUCACCAGGGUCAAGGACAUCACAAGGUCAUUCACCAUCUGUCAGAACACCUGUUGACUCGCCUACAACUCCUCAACCGAGUCAGGGUUCAUUGCAUAGGAAUGCCAAGUCUCCAGUAAGAAGGGAGGUGCUAAGCCACUUCAAGCCCAUCAGUCAACCUGCUAGUGAGAUGUCUGCAAGGUCUUCUGACCUAAGCAGAAGCACGACUUCAACGCUGACUUCAACGAUUCUCCAGCCAGGACCAAAGUUUUAUUCACCUAGUGCACUCCAACUCAAGAUGGCAGCAGAGCUCAAUCUUCUGGAAACCUUGGAGGAGUCUGUGCGGCAACUCUCUGAGGUCGAACGCACCAGGGCAGUGUCCCUGGCCCAUGAGGAAAGUGCCUCUCUGGCUAAGAUCCUGCAAAACCGUCAGCGUGAUCAUGAGAAGGAGCUGCAGAUGCUGUCUUUGAAGGCCAAGCAGGAGGUUGAAGAGGCCAACAGGCAGUUGGAAGAGGUCAAGCAGAAGGCAGUUGAGACGGCGCUUGAGGCAGAACAAGUGCUGGUGAAGGCUAGGAAAGAUGCAGCAUCGGAGACCAGGGACUCAGCGCAGAAGCUGCUCAUGACCCAGGCCGAUGCUGCAAGGAUAACGGCAGAGGCUGCCAAGCAACUUGCUGAGGCUCACAAGGUAUCAGUUAGUAAGCCAUCACCUCCACUCCCAGUGGAUCCAGGCCAGGUGGCAGCAGAUUCUGCAAAGGCAGCAGCAACGGCAGCAGUGACAGCAGCCCUGGAGCAACAGAGACUGCAUCAGAAGGAUAUGCUGCAUGAGAUGAGAGCUUCGGUGCAUCCCCCACCACCAGUCACAAGGAGUGUUGCUGCAGGUAACUCCAGGCCAAGCUCUAUGACACCUAGCCGAAGCAUGGACACUAGGACACCCUCCGCUCACUACUCUGAAGACUUUACCAACACAUCAUCAUCUCAUACUCCAUCUUCAGCCUACACGGCAUCGUCCUCUCAUCGGGUCCUCACUGCUCAAGACAGCUCAUUUUCUCGUCAAUCUGAUGCCUCUAAGAGCAUCAAGACUGCCAGUGAUUUGUCAUUAGGACUCCCUGACCAAACUGAUUCAAUAGCAACAGCCAGUGACAUUGUAUCUGGUAGAGAUGCAAGUAUAAGCGCAGCCAGUGUUGCUAGUUCAUCCAUUAGAACUGAAUCUGGUGCCAGGGCUGCCAGCUCAAUCACAAAUGACAGUAUAUCUGAGGACAUAGACAAGACAAAGUCCAACCAGUAUUCCCUUUCCUUUGAGGAUUCUGAUUCCUCUUCUCGGAGCUCUGUCCUGAGUGUUGUGUCUCCUUCACCGGAUAAAUCUGAGACCAAGAGGGAUUCCCGUCCUGUAUCGAAGCAUGCCGUCAAGGAUAGACCAGACUCUUCAGACUCCAUGCAGUCUGACAAGGAAGGAUCUUUCAGUGGUGUGACCAUCGAGGUGCUUCAGAAACAGCUCAAGGAAGAAGAGUCCAGGUCCCAACAGCAAGUCACUUUAUUGAAGCUGAGGGAGAAGGUUCUGGUUGAUAAGACCAAUGCUGAGCUGGAGUGGUUAGAGCAUCAGAAACGAAGGCUGAAAGAGAAGGACGAUCAGGAUGGUGUCACCAGUCUUAGAAAGAGACAGAGAGCUCUGUUGUCCAAGCUUCAGAUUGAGCAGAAUGAGAUCAAGCAGAUGUUGACUUCACAGAGGCAGGCAAGCCUCGAAAGGCAGCGCCUGCUCCACCAGCAGCAAGAAAUCGCCAGAAUGCGUCGAGCCACUGCUCGCUACAAAGACCAAAUGAAGGACCUGCCACCAGCAUCACCCAACGUGUCCUCCAUUCUGCCAACUCCCAGUGAAGGAGACGAUGCCUCUAUAGGAGGCUCCAUGUCCGGGUCCAUGUCUGACUCCAUGCUCCUGUCACCUCCAGGAGGAGAAGCGGCGGCAGCCAGGGAUUCCACCAUGGAUGCCUCGGCCACGGAGAAGCAAGCAAGGGUCUUGCAGAAGCUCAAGAUGCUGCAACAGCCCCUUAGUAUGAAGUUACUGAUGAAGCGUGAGAUGAAGUUAAAGAAGAGGCGGAAGAACGCUGAAGAGCUCCUUGCUUGGAAGCAGCGACUGGACGAGGAGGAGAAGCAUGUAGCUCACAUGGAGCAUGAGGUCCUUCACCUCUGGGAUGGUGGGAAACGCAAGAUGAAGCCCACUGCUGAUACCCCCUCCUCAGCACCUGCUUCACCUGCUCGAGAUAAGACCAAGAGCGAUAGGGAUGAGGAAUCGGAAGAUUACUCUAUGCCAAGCAGCAGUAGUAAGACAGAUGUCAGUACGACCAGGUCUCACUCUCAACACCCCAGUGUCAAGACCACUCCUAGUCCUGAUCCUAGACUGGGUAGCAGUAGUGAUGCCUCAAUAAUGGAAGAUAUACAAAGUAAGACCAGUAGUAUUGCAGAGGAGAUAGGCUCCGAGAAGUCUCAGUCGGCGAAAAGCAUUUCUGAGAGCCCCCAUACAGGAACUGAACUGUCCAGUGACGAUACCAUCAAGGAAGCCUCUGGCCUACAUGAAUACACCAGUGAUUCCUUUGAGUCUACUGCUGAUAGAACUCUCACGCCAUCAAAACACAGCACCCACCAAGGCCAGGUGCCUCCUGCCGGUGUGUCCACCCCACCAGGCAAGGGUCCGACUGCCCUUAGCUCCUCAACACCCAAGUCUGUGAGCAGUACAAGCACGGUUGCGUCAUCAUCAAGAAGAGGUCCCUUCAUACCGCGCAACAGGAACCGACAUCCAUCAGACAGUGGAUCGGAGUCUGAGAAAUCUUUCUCACAGACUAUGUCAGAGACUGCUUCUGACCAGAGUGAUAUUGAAGGUCGUGUGCGAGCUUUGAAGGACGCCCUCAAGAGGAGAAAGAUGGAGGCAGAUCGCCUGAGGAAGCAACAGAAGAGACUGAACCGAGAGAAGCUUAAGGCCCAAGAAGCGAGUUUGAAGAAACAACUUGAGACCUAUGACAGGUUCGUAGAGACCACCAAGGCCGAACUUGAACAGGAAUCCAAGAAGCAGAAGUUACCAGCAAGCAGCCAUCUUCUUCCUAUGCCCUCUGCCAAACCACAGAUCAAACAACCCAAGGCUGGCACAGACUCCCUCCGUCACGCCCGCGCCCUGCGUCAGAGGACAGCCUCGGAUAGCAGUCAAGAGGGUGCCCUUUCUGAGGCAAGGAGUGUGGUAUCUAUCAAGGGAGGACCCAGCAUGUCUGAGAGUGGACGAUCGAGUAGGUCCAGUCUUGAGGGAGGAGUGACCGGAGAAGAGAGGGUCCCAAGUGUUCUUGGUGGUUCCUUGUCCUAUUCGUCAUUCAGUGCUACUUCCUCACCAAGCACUCACCACAGUGAAGGUGGAGUCAGUCCCAAGUCACCAUACAGCCUCUCCAGGGACCACAGUGCUUCAGCCAGUAGUAGCAUUGCAGAAGACAUCAGUAUUAGGAGUGAUUAUUCAGAUAGAGAGAGCGCACAGGACUCUGAGAAAUUUGACUCUGAGGAUCAUCGGAAGAUAAAAGAGAAACUACAGCAGCAACAUCAUGAGGAGGAGGUAAAGGAUAUAGAAAGAACUUCAAGUGUUGGUAUGAUUAAUGGAAGAAGAUCAGGGGAUGGAAGGGAUGCAGAAGAGGACAUUCCAAAGACUACUCCAGGCAUAAGCCCACCAUUGGCUUACAGACCUACCCCAUCACCAGGAGCUGAAGUUGACGAUGAUGUGUCUGUUUCAUCCUCUGUUCCAGAGGAGAUUAUCUCUGCAGCCAGCAUACAAACUCAGGACUCCUUCGAAGAAUCAAAAUCUGCUGUCAUUAUUUCAAACUUGCCAGAAUCUGAUCAUGAACUGUCAUUUGGGGACAGUUUUGUGGAGUCUCCAAGACAUGCACAUAGUUCUCCACCAGCUUCGCAGUCACCUGAAAGUAGAAAAGCCACUGUUACGCCAGUCCCUGAAGAUGCCUCACAGAGGAGCCAACAAUCAAUACCUAGUUCCAUCCAUGUACGCUCUUCGCACUCUAGUGUUAAAUCUGAAGCCAGCUACAGUGCAGAUUUUAUUGAAUCAUCUCCCACAUCAAAGCGUCCAAGCUCCAAAUCUGAUACUGACGAGGAUAUCAGCGAACAUUUGAGUGAAGUGAGUGAAGUGUCUCUUGCGAAAAGUAGCCUCAGUCAGUCUUCAGGGCACCUGGUAUUUGACUUGAAGGACAAAUCCCCUGUUCAUGAAGAUCCCAGUCUUGAUCUUAACCUCAACCAACCAGAAGUCACAAUAAUCCCUCAAAAGCCAGAGGAGGAGGAAGAAGAGGUCUUUGAUGACAAACCUGCUUGUGACAUAUUUGCAGAUGCCACACUGGAGCCAGAAAUUAAGGAGGUUCUUCCUGGCUUCCAGAUAGGGGAUCGUGUUCUCAUCGGUGGGAAAGAACCUGGCACCUUGCGCUUCAAGGGCACCACCCAAUUCGCUACCGGAAACUGGAUAGGUAUUGAGCUUGAUGAGCCAGAAGGAACCAACAAUGGUACCCUCAAUGGUGUUACUUACUUCACCUGUAAACCAAACUAUGGAAUCUUUGCCCCUGAAGAUAAGAUUGUUCACCUUCCUAAGGAUUACAAGCCAUCUCAGGAUUCUCAGGAUGAGGAAGCCUCUGAACCAUCCUCCAUCGAGGAAGACCUUCCAAGCCAAUCAUCUGUGAGGACAGUUUCUGAAAGCGAACUUGUCAGAACCAUUAGUGUCAGUCACGACAAAGCCCUGGAGCAUAGAUCUAGAGAGGGCCAAGUGGAGGAAGAGGACAAGGAGAGUGAUAGGUCACUAUCUCAACUCACAUCAAUCCAAUCUGAGGACAUUCUUGAAGCAGCCACAGAAGAUGAGCUAUCUGAAGGUGGCAUUGAUGAUGAUGCCUUAGAAAAGCUCAUUAGCCAUGCUGCAGAAGCAGUAGAGUCAUUCUCUUUAGACGAACCUGGUCUGUUGAAGGUAGAUCCAGCUCUUGAGACACCCAGAGGAGCACCAGAGGAUGAAUAUCCAGACAUUGAAGAACUGCCUCAUGAGGAUGAACAGAAGGUUAAGCAGAAUGAAGCCGAAAAUCAUAUAGUCGACUCAAUUACAGAUCACUUGACAGAAAUAAUUGUGAAGGACACAUUUGAUGCUGUACUAGAAAUAGCCGGUAAACAGCAACAGGAUGAACAAGAAGAAAAAUCAAAAGACAGUUUAUUGAAAUUGCUUGUUUCUGCGGAGUCACCAAGGAGUGAUAGUGAAUUUUCUGAAGUGCCCAUUGAAAAAGCAGAAGAAGAUAUUCCAGAGAAGGAACCAAAGCAGAGUGCUGAGAGGCAAGCAGAAUCUGUUGUUAAGUCACUGUUAAAUGAAGCCAUUGGUCAAGCUCUGAAGUUGAGAAAGCAGAAAAAUGCAAAAAUUGAACUUGCCAAUGAGAGAGUAAAGAAAGAGGAAUUAGAUGUGUUGGCAUCGCAGGACAUCAAAACACCAGAGGAUUCAUUGUCUCCAGAGCUUCGGGCAGAAACUCCUUACACUCCAGAUAAGAGUCCUGAAAGGAAAUUUGACAAUAUUUCUCCUCUUGAUGAUGAUAUCUUUAUAAAUAGGGUACAUGUUGAGUCCAGCUCUGGUAGUGAUAAUCUUCCUGUGGCAAGACCAGGCUCACCGAUCUUUGGUGAAUCUGGAAGCGUGAGCCCAGAUGCACUCAAUGAGAAACUUGAGCAACUCCAGCUCCUCGAUAAAGACAUUCUUGAGGCAGAUCUGUUUGGAGAUCAGGAAUGGUUUGAUGAUGAAUUUGGCUCCAUGAAGAAAAGUCAAAGCAUCAUCAAGGUACCAGAGAGGAUAGUUUCACCAAAGAAAGCAGAGACUCCCGCAGGUGUGGCUGCCCAGGAGGCAAAGGUUGCAGCUAAACAGAGAAAUGCUAAGUUAGACUUGAAGAAGAUAGUAGAAGAACCAUUCUAUGCAGUGCCUCAUAAUAUCAAUGAUGUGAAAGAUCUUGCCAGCCAAUCAGUUACAGUCUUCCAUGAAAAGGUGCAAAAUGACGAGUCAGUUAUAAACGUUGUGCCACCAUCUGCCAUUAUGGGAUCUGAUACCAAAGGAUCAGACAUUGAAAGCACAAGUCGUAAAGCAUACAAGAACUUGAUAUUUACGUUGUCUGGUGAAGUUUAUCAAGCCAUCUGCCAAGAGCAGGAACCGACCGUCCAACCUCCUUGGAUGAAACCCAAGCGGAAGCCCCGUCGAUACUUCUUCCAGCAGCCUCCGAGCAAUGAAAGUGAUAUGGCUACAGCUGUGGAGGGGCGAGUAUUGGCCCUUUCUGGUCUCAUUACCAAGCAAAAACCUGUUGGUGCUGUAGGUGGCAGCAAACUUGGCAAAAAGAAAGAUCAUGUUGAUGAAAUUCUGAUUGAUGAACUCAAAGAGGAAGAGCCAGAAUGGAUAGACUAUGACAAUGAUGAACUCUCCGUCAAAAUGCAGCUGGCAGAUGCACUCUUUGAGUCAUUGCUUGUUGACACAGCUAUUGCUCUGCAUCAGAUUGAGGAUAAGCGGAAAGCAAGAGCUGAACGCCGCCAAGAAGAUACCUUCAGCCACCAUGAUGUAGAGUUUUGAAGAAGUGCUGGAGGCAUGCUGGUGUCUCGUCGAUCAAGCAAUGUGGCAGUGAGCAGCUGUCAACGGCCGUCUAGGAAAGAUUGGGAGCCAAGAACUCAUCCUGACAUUGCGCCGAAUCCUCAUUGACUGUCAGCUUGAUAAUCAGAUGACAGCGGCGUGGUCCUUACAGAUCAGGAGGAAUAUCCUUUUGGUAGGUCACUACUGAAUUUGAGGGCAGCAGUUCUCCCAUAAUGAUGGUUUGGUGCUAGGUAGUGUUGUAUUUCUUUACCAAUGAGAUUAGCUCUCUGGCCAUGUGCAAUGCUUUUACUGAUUACAAUCACUUUUUUUUUGGGGGGGGGAACAAACCCUUAAUGUGUCUCAUCAUCAUCAAUGGCCAUCUGCAUAGAAUAGAUUAUCAUAGUAGCUGUGUUAUUGGACUAGACAUGUUUUUGAAAAUAGUUUACUGAAACUAAUUUGGAAACCAUCUCACGAAACAUGUAUUAUCUGGAAGGGUGCUAACAGAAUGACAGAUACUUGACACUCUUUAAGACAAAAUUUUGUUAUUAAAACAGAAUAUGCAGAAGACUUGCCAUUGUCUUGCUCCGGCGAGGAUGUUGGCAUCUUUUAAUCCAUCGAAGCCAAAAUUUGGGUCAUUUUCUCUAUAUUCGAUGUAAAUGUCAAUUUAUUGUGACACUUUUUAGCUGCAUUCAUUCAGUGUGUGGUUUAAGUCAGUUACAUAGUGAAAGGUUGAUGAAGGGUGAUGCCUAUAUUGAUUGCUUAAUGAUAUUAUAAUUGAUGAUCAUAGCAUCAUUGCUCAGAUGGAAACUAUUCAGAGGCAUAAUUGGCACAUUUACAAUAUGCAGCUUGAAAUGUGUGUGAAAUAUUUAAGAUUAUGGAACUCUAUUAAAGCGAAAGUGUAUACUCUCUGUGGCAUAAAAUAUAUAUCAUGAAAUUGUGUCCCAUAAUCACAUAGUAUCACAAUAUCUGUGUUUUAUAUUUUUAUUAAUUCCUUAAAGUUAUGGGGAGGUAGCUAAGAUCCUGUAUUGCUAAUUAAUCCUUGAUAUUCACAGUAUAUACCGGGGGAAAUGAAAAUACUCAUGGUAGAAAUACCAAUGCUAAUUUUGGGAGGACAAUUAAACCAGAUAUUGGCCCCCAAAAUGUUCUUGAAUGUAGGUGAUAUUUAGGUAGUACAUUACUAUUUGAUCAAAACCAUAAAAUCUAAAGACAUUGUUAUAAGAGAGAAGAAAUUUUUAUCCAAUUGCUUAGUAAUGUGCUCAAAAUGGUGGUUAUAUAUGCAUAAAUCCCUGUUUAAAAUUUUUUUUUCUUUUGUGUAGGUCAUAUGUCAGGGCUUUGAAAUAAUGCCCCUUUCACAAUUGGUAGUGUGACUGCUUCCAAUUGUUGCCAUUAUGCGCAACAUAUAUUUUGACCAAAAAAUCACAUUUGCAUUUAUUAGCCAUUGUGAAACCCCCUUAAAUAACUAUUUGACCAAACCAUAAAAUUUAAAGAAAUUAUGAAAGUUUUGAAAUAUUUUUUUUUUUUUGAACAAAGCAGAAACUUGGCUUCGAUCAGGUUAUGAUCUAAAAUGUGUUGCUUGAUGUCUUGCGCUCAGUGUGGUUCUUUCGAAGUUUCUGUGCAUAGUCGUGUUAAUCGCUUGUUUCAUUCCUGCUUGUUAAUCAUUGAUGUGAAUUUGAUGCAAUGAAAGUCUUCUUCCAUACUGGCCAAAGGGAAGUGCCUAUGUACUGGUUCCUUAUGUCUAAAAAGUGAAAUGAAUUAAGUUUAAAACAUUACACUUUCAUCCAUCCAAAUUGGAUUUUUUUUCUUUGUCUAAUAGAGAGAAAACGAAAUGGUUUGCAAUAAUGGUUGGAUCAUAUUUUGCAUAUUCAUUAAGCAUUGAAGAGCUGAUACAUUUCUAAAAUGUUAUAUGUUGGUUACUUUUUAAUGAUUCAAUAGUUUUAUAUCGAUUUUUAUACCUGGUUUGUGAUGGUCCGUGAAAUCCUGUUGUCAUUUGUUCUAAGCAAGGGUUAUGGGGUGAAGAGUGUCAACAAUGUAAUACAUGUACUAUAAGCCUGUCUGUGGCUGUUAUGCCGAAAGAAAAAAAAGUUUACAACGAUAUAAACAUUUGCAUUGAAAAGUUGUAUAUGAUCCAUACUACGUCAUUCCUUUUUCUCUUUUCUUCAAAUUGUAUGGAUGUUAGAGAUUUGGAAUACAGUCCCUGUCUGUCAAUUUUUUUGUUGAACUUGUGUUCAAAAUGAGAGUACCCCAUACAUUUAGUAAACCUCAAAGUUGACUACAUUUUGUCCACAAAUCCAAAUUUGACCUGUAUCAUAUAAAGCAUUCUGAUCGAAUUCAUAUUUGUCUCAUCAUAGUGGUGAUAUAUGCAGUUGAGUCUCAGUCAAGUGACAUUUGAAUUUGUAGUGGUAAAUUUUUAUUAGGUUUUAUGAAAUGGGGCCCAGGUCUGCUAUGCAAAAUAUGUAUGAAGCUGCCUUUGAUGUAUUAUGCCUGAUUUAUUGUAAAUACAGCAACCUUGCCAGUCGGUUUGCCCUAUCAAAUAAAGUUCAUAACAUAUCGAUCUUAGUCUUUUCUAUAACAAGUAAGUUGUUUUCUUACAUGAAAAUUGAGUUAAGCAUUUUUAUUUCCAUGUUUUUGAUGCAAUAUUUUUAAGGGUUCAUUGUCAACACGCAACAGGGUGGUCCUAUAUCACAAGGGCAUUGGAUUAAUUGCAAAUUAAAAGAAAACAACUAAAUCGGAACUAUUCUGUUAUUGUUGCAAAACCUAUAUUUGAUAAGGCCAAGACACAGAAAUAGGUCAUAUAAUAAAAAGAAAUAGUCUGGGUUUAUCCUCAUUCGCUAUUAGGAAAUGAUUAAUUCAUUGCUUUCAUUCAAACCUGACCGUCUUUAGGGGAAAUGAGGUAACAAUGACAAUGAUAGUUGUAGAAAUUACCGCAGUACUCUUACUGGAAACCUACAUGUUAGCAUAUUUAAAGGAAAUAACAGAGGUUAUUUAAAGAUCAAAAGCAUUACAUUUUAUUCAAGCCAACCUUAUUCAAUUUAACAUUUUCUGCAUCUGCAACCCUUAGUGGUGCAGGAUGUGUAGAUUUUGUCCAUCCUGUCAGUGUGUAAGUAAUUUGGUUUUUACAUAGAUCUGUGGACCAACUCUUAACAUGUCCAUUUGAAAAACGUGACCCAGGGCCUAGAAUCUCUGACUUCUGAAAUAUAUGUAAAUUCUUGAUGCUGGCCAAGCGCCCCAGCUUAUUUCUCACAACUAACAAGCAAAAUAUAAUUGAUCAAAUUUGUAUAAACUAUGUAGAAUGCAUGCAAGGUGAAUCAAUAUUGUUUGAAUAAUAGGAAGUCAAAGGACAUCAGGUCAAUGUUGUCCUAUUAAGAGACAGAGUAUUAAGACAAUGAAAAUAUUUAUCAAGUGGUUGUGGUCAACAGAAUCCAUGAUAUAACUCUCAAGAGAUGAUUUUGAAUACAGUGGUCCACAAACACAGGCAUAUUGACAACCGAGUCAUUCUAAUCUCGUUACCGGAAUCCUUGCCUUUUAUAUUGUAUGUAUCCAGUCCAAUAUUUUACAGCUUAUCUUUAUAUCAUAUAUCUGUACAGGGAGGAAUAAUCCUCUUUAUUUUGACAUUCUACUGAGUAUUCUGCACUUCACCAAGAUGUACAUGCUAUAUUUUGCUAUCAUUUUCAUAUAUAUAAAAAAAGGUAUUUUAAUAAUUUGUAAUUCAGUGUACAUUUUUGAUAAAGUGUUGAUGACAAGGGGCAAUUAUGUUACUCAGAAAUGGUUUGGAAUUUGACAGUAAGGAUUCUGCAGCUGGUGUGUAUUUAGAUGAAACUGAGCUAUAGAUGCAAGUGAAUAGGUUUACACUUUUGUCCUACCAUUUAUUGUCAAGUAUGUGUUGGGCUGUUGAUAUGUAAAUAUAUAUAUUUGGAUCAUUUUCAAGGUGAUGAUGAUGUUUCAAUUGGCAUAUCAUGUUAAACAUGGCCAAGUGCAAAUAUGAUAUUCCAUGUGUAAUAUUUUAACAUGUGGGUAUAUUGCGAGAUGGCAUGUAUAUUCAUUUCACCUGGAUAAAAAUCUAAUGAAUCACAGACGUAUUCACUUUUUCUAUCCAUUAACUCUAUUAUUUAUUUGCUUAUGCCUGAAAUAAGACAAAUUUUACGUGAAAUGUGUCAUAUACUCAGAGUUUUUAAGCAUCUCCACUUUUUUUUAUUGCAGGAAAAUUGUGAUGGCUGCAAUAUCCUUUUAUUUAUUAUUUUACCAGUAACUUUGUGCAUUAUAAUGGAAAUUUUCUUACCAAGUGCAUUUAACUUGCAUGUUUGUAGGAUUUUUUUAAUGAAUUUUAUUAUUAUUAUCAUUAUUACUGGAACAUUUCAUUGAAAAUCAACUAUUGCUAGGAUGCUGUAAUGAUGAGAAGCCUGAAUGAAAAAAAGCAUAUAAAUUUUGUAAAGAUGAUAAUGCCUUGUACAUAUAAUUCCUGAUGUAAAUAUAUAUGUCUAAAUGUAUAUGAGAAUGUACAAUGUAUAGAAGUAUGUGUUAUAAUGUAAAUAUUAAACUUACUGAUCAUAAUGUGAAUAAAAGGCAAUUUAAGAGGGCCCCUCAUAUCAAACAA